UUAUUAAUUAUGCUUUUGUAGCUCUCAUCCCUAAUAAUUGAAUAAGAGGUAUUCAGAAAAGCAGUAUAUAUGUUGCUGAUUGUAGAAUGCACUCUAGUUGUAAACAACAUUUACAGCAGCAACAACGACUAAAGUUAAUAGCUUGCGACUUGCUUAACUGUAACGCAAGCACAGCUGCAAUGUACACGCGCGUAGAUAUGUAUGCAUAGAACAACGCACAACGCACAACGCAUGCGUAAAAGUCGACUGCGCAGUAAAAUGUCCAUUGUGGGCGAAUGUCUACGCAGCAGCCGACGUCAGUCCACUAAACGGAACCGGCAAGCUGCGCUCGCAUUCUCGAUUUCAUUCUCGAUCUAGUUUGAAGCGAAAGGCUCGUCCGAACGGCACUGUCGCUGCGGAUGUCGCAGCCGGCGACAAAACGCCACGACCUGGCGGGGACUACGUUUAACGGCACGCAAAACGCCAAAACAAUUUCAGUCCCCAUUGAGAAGUCAAUGUGUGCAAUUGUUAAUUCGUUCCAUCGUCCAUUCGUGCAAUUAUAUUGAACUCGUUAUUAGCUAGCCUGGUUAACUCGCUGAUUCUUACUUGGUUGUUAAAUUAUCAACAAAACGUGCCAAACAAGUCAGUUGCUUAGACAGAGUGUGUGACAUAGUGCGUCCUGUUGGUGCAAAAAGCAAAGCAGAAAGCAUCAAAAAAGUAUUGAGAAAUAAAUUGCAAUUCGCAAAUUGCAAAGAACCUGUCUGUCGGCUAGCGUUUUUCGCUUACAACGAUCAUCGAUUGUCUGACCGAUACGCCAGUUGGUGUUUUACAGUUUUGGCAAUUUUCGCUUUUCCUUUCCAUACGCCAUUCGCUGUGGAGUUUUUCCUUUUUAUUUCGGAACUACUGUAUGCAGGUGUGUGUUUAUCAACACAAAAACAAUUUAUGUUUUUUACGAGUAAAUUUUGAAAGAAGGGCGAUGAAAAGUUAAUGUAAUAAAAUUGGAGAAAAAUCUUUAGAACAGAAGACAGAUAUCAAAAAGGAGCAACAGAUAUCGAGAAUAAAAGCAGCGACAGGACAGACGACGAGUUUGCGCAGCAUAGGCAGACGAUUCAUAAUCGGUAACAGCCUUCGCCAAUGAGCUUUAAAUGAAAGUGUUUCUGCCAAACUGUCAGAAUAGUCUUGAAGUGCUAGCUCAGAUGUCUAGUUGAGCUGCGAUCGAAGCAAAACGCAUCCAUGUGCAUUUAGACGUGACAAAGCGGAAACAUUCAAGUCGAUAAAGCGAUAGGAAAAAAGUGAAGCUUAAUAUAGUAAGAAUAUUGCGUGCAUUUCAAUAAUUCAAAUCAUUCUGUGAAUUGCAAACGUGUUUGAACUAAACAGAGUGUUUCAAUUAGUGUUGGAUCAGAGCGCCUAGGCGGGAAAAGUAUACGAGCAAACUAAUAGAUAACACCAAACAAUCAACAUAACCAGCAACAACCAACGACAACAAGAAUAACAAUAACAAGCGUAGUUACAACUAGCUAGGGCAAUAUUCUAUAUGUAAAGCAACAACAACAGAAACAAAGGAAAAGCCGUGGAAAAUAAAGUACUGCAUUAAAAUCGAACGGCGAAAGUCAACGUGCAACAAGCAAGCUUGAAACAACAGCCAAGCUGCAGCGUUCGUGGCAGGAAUCAGUGAGAAUCUGAGUUUGUGUGUCGUUUACAAUAACUAACCACAACAAUUGCGACAGAAGCAACAUUAGCUACAACAACCAGAAGCUUACGUACAAAUCGACACGGCAUAGACAAAUACUAGCACCGUUAGCACAAUGGCCUUAAUUAUGAAAUACAUUGACAGUAUGCAGAGAUAUAUGGACUCACAUGGCGAUUCAAGGACGAAGGAUUGGCCGAUGAUGUCAUCACCAUUCCCCACAUUAGCAGUUUGCCUCACAUAUGUUUACUUAGUUAAGGUGCUUGGCCCACGAUUAAUGGAGAAUCGUAAACCAUUCCAGUUACAAAACACACUGAUAUUUUAUAACGCAGUACAAGUGAUAUUUAGUGCAUGGCUGUUUUACGAGAUAGCAUUUUCCGGUUGGCUAACGGGGCAUUAUAACUUCCGAUGUCAGCCAGUCGAUUAUAGUAAUAACCCUAGAACAUUAAGGAUGGUUCACGCGUGUUGGUGGUACUACUUCUCCAAAUUCACUGAGUUCAUGGAUACGAUCUUCUUUGUGCUGCGCAAGAAGACGAGUCAAGUAACAACGCUGCAUGUCAUCCAUCACGGCUGCAUGCCGAUGUCUGUCUGGUUUGGUGUCAAGUUCACACCAGGUGGUCACAGCACUUUCUUCGGUCUGCUCAACACAUUCGUGCACAUCGUUAUGUAUACGUACUAUAUGUUUUCGGCCAUGGGUCCACAGUUCCAGAAAUAUUUGUGGUGGAAGAAGUACUUGACCACACUGCAAAUGGUACAAUUUGUGCUGAUCAUGGUGCACGCCUUCCAAUUGCUCUUCAUCGAUUGCAACUAUCCAAAGGCGUUCGUUUGGUGGAUCGGUAUGCACGCUGUGAUGUUCUUCUUCUUGUUCAAUGAAUUCUACAAGAACGCUUACAAGGGUCGCCGCACGAAACACAAAAAUUUAUUGAUGUUCAUUUUGCAGCGCAAAGAGAAGGACGACGACGAGGUGGUGGAAGUGAAGCAGAAGAAUAGCAACAACAAAGCCGCUGAGGGUGAAGAGCAGAAAGCAUUACUCGCCAACGGUCACGUAAGCAAUGGUGUCAUCAGUAAUGGCAGCGUAGCCAACGGUUACCCGAAGAAUGGCUACAAAACGGCGUCGGCGUCGACGACAGCGUCCACACUGAUCAACGGCAGCGGCGCCAGCAUAAACGGCAGCGUCAAAGCGUCGGCGGGGAACGGCAGCGUGUACAAGAACGGCGAGGCGCCGUUGCUGGCCAACGGACACAGCAAAAUGGUGGGCGGGGAAUUGGACGCGCAGCUGACACAACGCAAAUUGCAGCAACAACAAAAAUAAUAUAGGGCCACAGGCGGCGUUGUGGCGCAUACGAUGGCUACGGCGUCGGCAGCAAAGCAGACCACAACACACAAAACUAAGAAAACACAAAAACAAUUACAAAAACAAAACAAAGCUAAAAAUCAAACAUAAAAAAUACAAAAAAAAAAAAUAACGCUAAACACAACAACAACAAUACGCAAAACAAAGCCAGAAAAAUAAUAUUAUAAUUAAUGAAUUAAUUAAAGGUUAGUUAUUAUAAGAGGAAAUUAAUUAAUUAUAGCAUGUGGUUGCAAAAUCAAAAACCGCGCGGAAAAAAAAAAGAAGAAAAAGUUAAUAAGCAUUAAUUUUUUAUUAUAUAUCUUAUACACAUACUGCAUUAAAAUUAAAUUUAUAAAUUUAUACACAUACACACACAUACAUACACAAGCCAUAUACACAACAUGCAUGCGCAUGCGCAUACUUAGAAAAACAACAAGUAGCAGGUAACUUUUUGCCACGCGUGUAAGAAACCGAGAAAGAAAUAAUAAGCAUAAAGACAAAACUGCUUAGCAGGAAAUAGUAAACAGGGCGUAAAUAGCGUAAGCAAAGCGUUGCCAACCAUUUGCAAGUGUAUAAUUAGUGCGCUGCGAUUUGCUGCUUAACUUAAAACGAACUUUCAAUUUGUAUUUAUUUUUUUUAUAAACUUUCUAUGUAAACAAAUAAACUUGCGAAUAGUGUUGCGCAAAAAUGUUGCUAAUAGAAGCGUUUCUCACUUGUUUUACGACUUAAAAUUUAUAUAAACAUUUGCAUGUUUUUCACUUGUUUCAUUUUUAAAUAUUUUGAUAAUUAUGUUUGAAGUCAGUUAUAUCGUUUUUAAAUAUCUGAUAUACUUCAUUUUAUAAUUUUUAUGUAAUGAAUUUAAUCAAUAACUAAAGUUUUGUAUAGCAAAAUUUCCUUAGAAACCUAUAUUAUUUCUAAUCUUAAUAUCUUUAAUAGAUAAAUUCCAAAUUGUACGUUGAAUCUGUUUAUAACUGAAAAAAAAUCUCGAAAAAAUAUUUCGCAGAAAUGUUGCUGCAAAAUAUGAAAAAAAAGUCUAGCAACAAUGUUGCUGCAAAAUAUGAAAAAAAAAUUCUCGCAACAAUGUUGCUGCAAAAUAUGAAAAAAAAAUCUAGCAACAAUGUUGCUGCAAAAUAUGAAAAAAAAAUUCUCGCAACAAUGUUGCUUGCAAUAUAUCCAUUAUCAAAAUAAAUGAUUAUUUACUAUUUUUUAUAUAUUGCUAUAUUCGAAACGGUAUUUUGUAUAUACACUCGUAAACUCCGUUACCCCAGCUUUAUUUUCAACAACAGCAUAUCGCGCAGCACUAAGCAUACACAAAUUACAAACUUAGCAAUAAACUUAUACAACGCAUACACACAACUACAUUUGCAACUGCAUUUUCCACAUAUAUACGUAUGUACAUGCGUAUAAGUAAAUAAAUACAUAAACACAUAAAUAUAUGUAUAGUGAUAUAUAUGUAUAGUAUAUAUUUAUGCAUAUAGGGUAUAAAUUGAUACAAAAAUGUACACAAACGAUUGCAACUACGCUUGUAGGGAAAACAAAAACAAUAUACAAUACAAAUAAAAUAUUAAUUUAUAAUAAAACAACAAAUAAAAUACUGGUUUAGGUAUACAAUUAAAUACGAUUUAUAUUACCGUUACAUUUGCUAAUUUACGAUUUACGAUAUAUAUACACAUACAUAGGUACAUACAUAUAUAUUUGUAUUUAUUUGAAUGUAAAGUGUUCUGUAUCGAACAUUUGAGUUUACUUUUAUUUUGUUGUUCUGUUGUACAAAAUCGAUUAUAUAUAUAAUAUUGUAAAGAUCUUAAAGUAAAAAAUAAAAAUAUUAAAUGUUAAACGAAAACUAUGGAAAAUCAAGUCAUUUAAAUCGCAGCAAAGAGAAUCAUAUUUAUAAAUACAUACGUACAAAGAGGCAAAAGCAACAACAACAAACAUGUACGCAAUGAAAACUAAUUGUGAUCAAUAAUUGCUAGCUGAAAAAUGAAAUUAAUUAGUCUAAAAUAAUUAAUUAACUAACUAUGUAAGGCUUAGUAAGCGAGAAGUGUGUUUGAUAAGUUAAAUAAAUAAAUAAAAAAAACUCUAUACAUAUUAAAAAUAUGUGAAAAAAUAAAUAUAUAUUUAAAAAAAAAAAGAAUGUGGGUCAAAGAAUACAUGACAUAGCUUAUUAUUAAAAAAAUAACAACAACAAACAAAAGUUACAGCGAACUUAAUUAGGCGCAUGCCACACUGCAUGCGAAAAGUAUGCUACCAGGUCGGCUAACCGAAGCGUGUGCGCCACUCUUCCGCAUGAGUCAACGCUGCGGCGCAUAAACUAUAUACAUAUUAACGGACAUUCGGGGUAUGUGGGAAUGUGUUAGUUGAACUUUGUGAGCGUUUAGAAAUAUUUGUUUAUAAAUACAUAAUAAUUUCUUAUAAUAUAAGAGCAAUCCUGUAAGCAGUAAUUGUCGACACACAAAGCAACAAACACAUACAAACCAAUGAAAAAUCAAAAAAAUUAAUAAAAAAUUACAAAUUAAAGAGAUAAAAUAAAAGAAACUGAAAAUACACAAACAAAACACUUGUAGUUUAUGAAUGAAGAGUAAAGCAAAGGCGAAAUAACAAAAUAUACAACCAAAAAAGUGAUGAAAAAAGAAAAAAAUUUAUAACAAAUAAUUACUGCGCUAAUUAAAUAAAAAAAAUUAAAAUGUAAAUACAACAACUAUUUGUAUUUAUUUCAAAGACACUGCAGCAAUUUGUAGUGCAGAUUAGUAAAAAUGCAAAGCAAAAAAUUAAAAAAGUAUAGUAUAAAGUCAAGCAGUUAGUCAAAAAUAAUUUAACAGCGAAACUCUAGCCAAAAAUAAAGUGAAACAAAUUUUUUUUUAAAUUAAUUAAUUGUGUUAUACAUGUACAUAUGUAUGUCGAGCAGAUUAGCCUUUGAAGCUUAAACAAAAUAUUUAGGAAAGCAUUAAGUCUUACAUUUCGUGUGUUUGUAGUAUUCACUAAGCAAUCAUAUUCUAAAUAAUGAAGAAAAUAACAACAAACACUACUGAAGUUGGAAUUGCGCAGUUGAAAAGUGAAAAGUAUUGAUUAAUAUUGCAGUCGUAGAACAUUGGAACUAAAAUUUUAGUCUAUAUAUACAUUAAUACACAGAUAUACAUAUAUGUGUAUAUGUACAUAAAAGCAGUACUUCUAAAUUGCGUAACUUCUAUGUAAAUUCAAGCGACUUGAAGCUGAGAAAACCAAUAUUUUAGUACAUUUUAGAGCUAACACUAGAACUAGAGCUAGGAAAUCCUUUCAAAUUUACAUAUUUGCAAAAAAAUUUCACGAACUUGGACACUGAAGCAUACAUAUACAAUUCAAUUCAAAAAGCUUCUAAAAAGCUCAUGCAUCUUAUUUAUUUUUUGGUAAUUUAUUUAAUUUAAAUGAAAAAUUUAAUCGGACAUCAAAUAAUUGCUUUCAUUAGAAUUUUUUAAAAUAUAGGCUUAUGUGAGCUUUCAACAGUCACAUUAUGAUAACGGUAUUAAAUUUAGUAUCAUGUUUAAAGUUUUACCCCAGAAAGACUCUAAUCUAAAUUUAAUUUUAUUGUUUAGUGAUGACAAAAAUUUAUUGAAAAUUAGAAACGUAAUCAAAAAAAUCAAACUUUAGUGAAAGCUCACUUGCUUUAAUUUAAACAAAGAAAAUAAGAAAAAAACAGCUUUAAGGACAAAAAAAAGUUGAUUCUAAUAUUACAACGCGCAUGAAAUAAAUUAAAUAACUUAUCGAGUUGAUUUUUUCUACAAUUCUGGCAAACUUUCUAAUGAAAGCACAUAAAAUGUGAAAGGUAUAUAUAAAUUGUAGAUAAACUUUAAAAAACUGCCUUCACCAAAAAUGUUUAGAAAUCCUUUGUAAGCUUGACAUAAGCUUUGUAUACUUAUAUAUUUAUAAACUUUCAUUGCAUUUUGUUUGCACAUUGAUAAAGCUUUCACUGAAAAUUUAAAAAAAAUUACAAAAACACUUUAGAUUAUAUCUUACAUAUAUAUUUUAAGCUUAUGUUUCUACUGACAUAUAUUUGAUUUUGAUUACCAUGUUUGAAGAAGCUUUCACCAAGCACAAAAAGUAAAUUUGUUAUUAAGUUUUUCUUUAAAAAGCUCAUAUAUAGAAAACUUUGUAUCGCUAUCAACCAAUUCAGAACUGUUUCACUGCAUUUAGUUAAGCUCUUUAGAAAGCUUUCAGUAAUAAGAAAAAUUCAUAAUAAACACAAAGUAACUAAACCAUGAGUGCAACAAAAAAAUCAUAAACAAUUAAACCUCCCACCCUUUACUGCACAGCUAUGGACAGUAGUGUUUGAGACAAAUCGCAAUAUUACAAAAAAAAAAAA